AUGGCGAAGCCAGGAAACCCGCGGUCGCACAGACCGCACGGGAAGGGAGGCAAAUUCGGGCAGCAGAAAAAGGGUCAGAAAAACAACAAGCACCAGUACCAGAAACCCCCGUCCAAGCUCCAGCUAGAAAUCGCGGAAAUCCGGCAGCUCGAAGCGCGGAUCGCCGCCGGCGCGCCCGCGCCGGGCUCGAAUCCCCUAGCUGCGGAUCUCUCCGCUCCCGCCGCUUCCGCCUCUCCCGCUGCGCCAGCGAAUAGCAAAGAGAGGAAAAGGAAUGCGUCAAAGGAGGGGGUGCUCGCAGCAGCAGGAGGCGGAUCGACGGGCGGGAAAGGGGAAUUUGAGCCGUACGUCGGCGCGAAACUGUUCGAGGAGCUGCCUAUAUCGAAGCGAACGAUGAAAGGACUCAAGGAUUCGGAGUACGUGCACAUGACGGCCAUUCAGCGAGCUGCAAUCCCCCAUGCGCUGUGCGGGAGAGACGUGCUGGGAGCAGCCAAGACAGGAUCGGGCAAAACCCUCGCGUUCAUUAUUCCUUUGCUGGAGAGGCUGCAUCGGCAGCGCUGGUCGCACAUGGACGGAGUGGGCGGCAUAAUCAUAUCGCCCACGCGGGAGCUUGCCACCCAGAUCUUUGGCGAGCUCAAGAAGGCCGGGCGGCACCACCCGUUCUCGGGCGGCCUGCUCAUCGGCGGGCGGGCAGGGAGCGUGGAGAAGGAGAGGGAGCGCGUGCAGUCCCUCAACAUCCUCGUCUGCACGCCCGGUCGUCUGCUGCAGCAUAUGGACGAGACACCCAAUUUCGACGCAUCCAACCUCCAGCAUAUGGACGAGACACCCAACUUUGACGCGUCCAAUCUUCAGAUGCUAGUGUUGGAUGAGGCCGAUCGGAUUCUAGACCUGGGAUUCGCCGCGGCUCUCAACGCCAUUAUCGCCAACCUGCCUCCACCCCCGCACCGCCAAACCCUCCUCUUCUCCGCCACGCAAACCAAGUCCGUGCGGGACCUCGCCCGCCUCUCCCUCUCCUCGCCCGAGUACCUCUCUGUGCACGCCGAAGCAAAGGAGGCGACUCCCCUAAGGCUCCAACAGACGGUGAUGGUCGUGGAAGCUUCCCAGAAGCUGGACGUGCUGUGGAGUUUUCUGAGGAACCACCUGCAGAAGAAGACAGUUGUGUUUCUCAGCAGCUGCAAGCAGUACCUCUCUGUACACGCCGAGGCGAGGGAGCCUGCUCGCCUCUCCCUCUCUAGCCUCUCCUCGCCUGAGUACCUCUCUGCGCAUGCUGGGCCGAGGGAGGCGACUCUGUUGCGACUUCAGCAGACCGUGAUGGUCGUGGAAGCUUCCCAGAAGCUGGACGUGCUGUGGAGCUUCCUGAGGAAUCUGCAGAAGAAGACGGUCGUUUUUCCCAGCAGCUGCAAGCAGGUGAAAUUCGUGUUUGAAGCCUUCAGAAGGCUGAGGCCCGGCAUUGCCCUGAAGCUGCUGCACGGGCGCAUGAAGCAGAUGACCCGCCUCGCCUCCUUCUACGACUUUUGCGAAGCCGACCACGCAGUGCUGUUUGCCACGGAUAUCGCUGCGAGAGGACUGGACUUCCCUGCUGUGGAUUGGGUCGUGCAGGCGGACUGCCCUGAUGACGUGGCAACAUACAUUCACCGUGUCGGCCGUACGGCCAGGUUCAAUGCAUCUGGACGCUCGCUGCUGCUGCUCACCCCUUCUGAGAAAGCCAUGCUGCCGCUGCUAGAGGCCGCCAAGAUCCCGUUUUCGCUAACCAAGGCGAACCCAGCCAAGAUGCAGCCCAUAGCUCAAGCGCUGGCAGCUUUGCUCUCAAAGGACUCUGAGAUCAAGUACCUGGCACAGCGCUCCCUCGUCACCUACCUGCGCUCCGUGCACCUGCAGGACUCUGAGAUCAAGUACCUGGCACAGCGCUCCCUCGUCACAUACCUGCGAUCCGUGCACCUGCAGAGGGAGGAGGGGGAGGGAGGGGAGGAGGGACUGAGUGGGGCGGCCACCGCAGCAGAGAAGAAGCGGGUGCUUAACUCGUUGACUCUUUCCAGGAAGCAGCGCAAGAAGCUUCUCUCAGGCCCGGGCCGACAUGGCGGCACGCGGUUGGUCUUUGAUGAGGAGGGCAACCCGCUGCCGCCCCUUGCCGCCCUUGCCUUGGAAAAGGACAAAAACGGAGGGGUGGCGGCAGAGGGGGAGGAUGCUGAGCUGGCAGCUGCCGCCCGGGCAGCUGAGGAAAGAUUCCGGCAGCUGCGGGAGGAGAUGCAGCAGAAGGAUUUGGAGGACCGGGCAGCUGAAAAAGAGCGUCUGCGAAUGAAAAAGCUCAAGGAGAAGUUGAAGGUGAAGAAACGGGCAGGAGAGGGGAGGGAGGAGGGGGAGGAGGGAGGGCGGGUGGUAAUGCUAGGCAAGGGAGGUGAUGAUGAUGAGAGUGAUGAGGAAGGGGAGGAAGAGGAGGAGGAGGGGGAUGAGGAGGAGGAGGAUGUGAGGAGGGGGAGAGGCAAGAGGAAGGGUGGGAGGAGUGGAAAUGAUUAUAGCGAGAGUGAGAGUGAGGACGAAAGGGGGUCUGAAAAGGGCGGUGUACAAUGGAAUGAAAGUGAUAGUAUGGAGGGUAGCAGAAGUAUGGAUGAAGGGGCAAGGGAGGGGGGCUAUGGGUCAUACUCUAGUGGAGACGAGGGGGAGGAAGUGGAGGAGAGAGAAAGAGGGGGGCAGAGAGGGGGUGGGAGAGGGGGAGGGACAGGGGGAGGGGAGGAGGAGGAGGUGCCUGAAGCAGUACCUUUGGAAUGGGGCGCACAGGACCUUGCACGGGCGAGGAAACAGCAGAAGGGGCGGCAUGAGUUGGUGCAAGGGAGGGGAGCAGCAGGAGCAGUAAUGGGGGGGAGGAGAGCAGGAAAGAGAGUGAUAUUCGAGGGGCAAACAUCGGAGGAGCAAGCAAUCUCGAGCAGGUCUGGCAAGAAGGCUAGGGUGGGCGGGUUGGAGGGUCAGGGGAAGGCGGCAGGGAAGGUUGCUGGUGGUGAGGGCGCGGGGUUGGGACUGGCAGAGCAGGAAACUUUGGUCCUCCGGCUGCUGGCUGCCAAGCGCCAAUGA